UGUUCAUGAUGCCUAUCACCUUAGUGAUCACACACACACAUAAGUGGAGAUAAGAUAAAUGUGGCAAAUGUUGAUAGUUGUUGAAUCUAGAGAGUAAGCAUACAGGUUCAUCGUACUAUUCAAGUUAUCUGUAUCUUUGAACAUUUUCAAAAUCAGUUCUAGAGUUUGAGCUUUUCUACUUUGUGCCUUGGUAAAUGCUUUGUGGAAAAAAGUAUUUAAGGAUUUUUGCUAACAAACCUUACGGGGAGAUCACAUUUAGUAGGAAAUAUUUAGUUGGGUACCCAACUCGAAACUAUUUUUAGUUUUGUUUCGUUUAACUUUUUCUUUUUUUAAACACCUGUAACCCAAAUCUGGAAGGAAGUGAAGGUGCAAGAGGAGUAAGGGGUCUGGAGGCCAGGGAGAAAGAAAGGCAGGAAGUGAUCGCAGGAUGUUGCCUGCGGCCGGCGGCCCGGUGGAUUCUGGGAAUUGUAGUCUCCCAGUCAUCCAGGGCGUUCCUGAUUAGGGCCUCGGGAAAACCUGACUACGCUCCCAGAAGCCUCUGGUGCGGCUCGCUGGGAACGCACUUCCUGGGACGCUGCGAGGGAGACGCUCUAAGAAGCUCCUCAGUGUGGGCGAGUGAAAUGUCUUGGAUGUGAGAAACAGGCCCAGAUCUCUACUGUCUAUUCAGAUGUGCAUAUAUUUCUUCUCUAAGUUGAUUAAAGUUGUUUUACACCUGUCAAGUACCUCAAAGAUCUGACUGACGGUACUGCACAAGCCUACCUGCCAUGGGCUGUCGGGAUGUCCAUGCAGCCACAGUCCUCUCCUUCCUGUGUGGAAUCGCCUCGGUAGCAGGCCUCUUUGCGGGGACUCUGCUUCCCAACUGGAGGAAAUUACGACUGAUCACAUUCAACAGAAACGAGAAGAAUCUGACUGUGUACACUGGCCUGUGGGUGAAGUGUGCCCGAUAUGAUGGGAGCAGUGACUGCCUGAUGUAUGACACUACUUGGUACUCAUCAGUUGACCAGCUGGACUUGCGGGUCCUCCAGUUUGCCCUGCCUCUCAGCAUCCUGAUUGCGAUGGGUGCCCUGCUGCUCUGCCUGAUCGGAAUGUGCAACACGGCCUUCAGGUCCUCAGUGCCCAACAUCAAACUGGCCAAGUGUCUGGUCAAUAGUGCAGGCUGCCACCUGGUGGCCGGGCUGCUGUUUUUCCUGGCAGGUACUGUGAGCCUCUCGCCUUCCAUCUGGGUCAUCUUUUAUAACAUUCAUCUGAACAAGAAGUUCGAGCCAGUCUUUACGUUUGACUACGCAGUGUAUGUCACUAUGGCCAGUGCUGGGGGCCUGUAUAUGACUUCCCUUCUACUGUUUAUUUGGUACUGUGCAUGCAAAUCUUUGCCUUCUCCUUUCUGGCAGCCACUGUACUCCCAUCCUCCCGGUAUGCAUACCUACUCACAGCCCUAUUCAGCACGCUCCCGCCUCUCUGCCAUCGAAAUUGACAUUCCAGUAGUUUCACACACCACCUAAUGGGGAAAUCGUUAGUUCUCAGAGAAAACUUGUAGCCUCACAUUUCCCUUGUACAAGGACCCAUAUACAUUUUCCUUUGUUUCUGAUGAGUCAAUGAAGCCAAAUUUGUAUGUCCUGGUAGAAUGAAGUGCUGCUAGUUUUAUGAAAAGUACAUUAUUUUAAAUGUGAAUCAUUCCUUUUAUCUUGCUUCUUAUGCUAGAAAGAUUUUUAACCUCUAUAUUGAUAUCUGAUCAGUUAUUCAAGUGGAAAGGGCCUGUGUCUCAGUUGAGGUAAUUUAGAGCAACAUGGUAAAGUAAAAAAUGAAGACUAAGAGAGGCUAUUGUACAUGAUCUUUAUGAGUAUUUUAGAAUGUGUAUUGUCCUCUUUCUAUAAUACCUUAUACUGGGAAAAAAAGGGCAAUUUCAAAUAUAAGAAAUUCUUUCAGGUAAGAGUAAUAUUUUAACAGUAGUAAGUCUACCAGCUUAAGGCUGUAACUUUUCUUACUUCUCUCUCGGGGCUAAUUAUAUAAAACAGAGUUUCAUAUUUUGAAGAUACUUUUCUUUUGUGCGUUCCUUAUCUUCUACCUCAUGGCAGUGUUUAAAAAUAAAAUGCAUUUUAAGUGAUGUCAGAGAGAAUAAGCCUAACAUUUUUAAAUAACUACUAGUAUGGAUAACAUUUAACAUAAUUUUAAAAGUUAAUAAUUCUAUAAAUUGUAUUAUUAGAGUUAGAAUGGGCCAUGUGAUGGAUCGGUGCUUCCCCUCUGAGGCAGAAAAGCCUUUUUUUUUUUUUUUUUUUCAGAUAGCAUCCACCAAGUAGUACUCAUGGUCCUGUAUAAUCUCUUAGUGACAAAGAGAAAGAAAGAGGCCCAAGUGGUGUGUUCUCUUUCAGACAGUGGUAGGGGACAAGCAUCUAUUCUUCAUUGACAAUAUCAGAGAUUCAUUCUGGUGGACUGCCUUUUGAAUGAUGAGUGAAGUAAGUUAUGGCUUCACCAUGACCACAUUCACUCUUGAUUCAAUUCCUGCCCUCGUCACUGAUUAUUUCCUUGAGCAUAUAUCUUUGCUCCACACUUUAGUGGGUGCUAUAGAGGAUACAUGAAAAAAGUAUGAGAUCCGGUCCCAUCCAUUAAGAAAUUUUAACAUAACAAAGAAGAUCAACUGUUAUCUAAUAAUAGGAAACAGUCUGACUUUAUUGGCAGCUGGUCUUAAUUUCUCAAUCAUUGAUCCAGGAAUAUAUUUCAACCAGAGACGUGGCUUUCUGACAGACAGGCUUAUUGUACAAUACCAGCAAGGUUCUGGAACUUAGAAAUUCAAUUCAUUGGAUCCUUUAGUGCACUUACCUUAGCCUAGACACUGUAAUAACACUAUAUCAGAUUCAUGAGAAUGGGCAAAAGUGGUAAAGAAAUUAAAUUGUUCCCUUUUUACCUCUGAAAGUAUGAUGAUGUAAUGAAGAGGGAGGAGUAUUUAAAAUCUCUUCUAACAGGGUAACAUUUAGAUGCAUCUGCAUUAACACUGAGAUGAAUGCUUAGAAAUUCAGGGAUAUUGGGUCUUUACCCUUAUGAAUUUGAGCUGCUGACUUACUUGGUAUAAUUUGCUAUACAUUAGUAUCAUGUUCAUAAGGAUAUUGUUUUAUUAAUCAUUACAAAUUACACAAACCACUAGUUGCAUGGUAAACAGAUUAUUAUGCCUCUUUGCAAAUCUGGAUAUGAUUCUGGUACUUCUGUGGAUGUAAGUGCUACUUUCCUUUUUUUCCCAAUUACAGCACUGGUUUAUGUAUAUAGCAAAUAAAUCCAGUUGUAGAAUUUUUAAAUGCCAUCAGUAUAAAGCAUGCAAAACUAUGUUUUUUUUAUUUACAGCUUCUGAUUACCUUUAGUUCCAUUCCUUUUUACUCCUCUCAGACGUAGCUGAAUCUUGAUCACUCCAAGACAAUGGCAGGUAGAAUUUUAAGAUUAAUAUUAAUUUCCUCCUUUGCUAAUUAAUAUCAAUCCUCUCACUAAAUUUGUCGAGAAGUGUCAAGAAUUUACCAUCUUCCUGUUAGUAUCAGCAAUGUUAAAGAAAAGUUGACUCAACCAUUAAUACACUAGACAGGUUUUAGUCCAUGGGAUCAUAAAUAUAAAUGUGAAGCUUUUUCUGUAAGCAUCUUUUGCAGUCUUUUCAUAAUCUGUAGCCUCAAAUUAGUAUUUACUAUGGCUACAUUAGGCAAAAGAAACAGGUGUUUCCCUUAUUGUCUUUAAUAUUUCAGAUUUGCUCUCAAUAGCUAUUCUUCAAGGCCAUCAAAGGAAAGCAAGUAUUUACAGUUCUUUUUGGUAAUUUUUGAGCACUCAUCAGGCUAUCAUUGUGAUGGGGGAUAUGGAUUUUUUUGUUGUUGCUGCUGCAAGUUAUUAAUGUUAAGGGCCUUUUACAGAAGCCAGCUUGAAACAACCUUAAAUGUGGUAUCAUGCACCAGAUUUGGUUUAUCCGGCCAUGAGAGAAAAAAAAACCAACAACUCUGAGUUUACUUGUAAUUAUACACUAUAAUAAAUAAUGUUUGUUGUAAGCUGCAAUGUAAAACCUCAGUGAAACUGCACUGUACUUCUUGGUGUUUAUUAAAAGAUGUAUUUUUA